GGAUUUUUGUUUUUCGCAUCAAAGAACGGAAUUGCCCACUCACCGCGGCGGGUUCACCUCUAUACAGCAUCGUACAGCAUGGCCAAUCGCACUCUCAGUGAUGCCGUCCAAAUCCACGGUCGAGAUCCUCAGCAUCUCAUUGAAAAGAUUAUUCGCGAACGCAUCUAUGAUUCCAUGUACUGGAAAGAGCAUUGCUUUGGAUUAACAUCUGCCACACUCAUGGACAAAGCUGUGGAACUCGAAUACAUUGGUGGAGUGUACGAAGGACACCACCCAACCCCGUUUCUGUGCCUUACAUUGAAAAUGCUGCAAUUACAACCCGAGAAGGAAAUUGUCGUCGAGCUAAUUCGUCAGGAAGAUUUCAAAUAUUUACGAGCACUUGGUGCCUUUUAUCUUCGUAUUGUGGGGAAAGCAAAAGAAAUAUACAUGUAUCUGGAACCGUUAUUGAAUGAUUAUCGUAAACUGAGGAACCGAGGAGGAGGUGGUUACUCAUUGACACAUAUGGAUGAGUUUGUCGAUCAGUUACUGAGGGAUGAUCGUGUAUGCGAUGUUAUAUUACCGCGUCUGUUGAGUCGGCAUAUUCUUGAAGAUAACGAUGAAUUGGAUCCUCGCGUCAGUGCUUUGGAAGAAGAUUUAGAAAGUGACGGUUCCGCACCACAAGAAACUCGAGAACGCGAGCGACGUCGCAGUCCUAGCACUGACCGCAGUCGCAGCAGAAGCCAGAGCCGUAGUCAUAGUCGCAGUCGAAGUCGCAGUCGCAGCAGUGAUCGUGGACGACGUUAUGAAAGACGGGAUCGGGAUCGCAGUCGUAGUCGUAGUCGUAGUCGCAGUGUUGGUUCUAAUCGUCGUUACAGUGAUCGUCGAAGGAGUCGAAGCAGAAGCAGUGAUUCCGAAUAUCGUCGUCGCCAUCGUCGUGAUCGUCGCCAUCGCUAUCGAAGCCCCAGUGCUAGUCGGAGUCAAAGCAGAAGCAGAAGCAGAAGCAGAAGCAGAAGCAGAAGUAGAAGCAGACGCAGAAGCAGAGGCGGCAGUCCAAGUGAACGUCAACGUCGUCACAGAUAUCGAAGUCCCAGUGUAGAUAAAAGCGAUUAAAUAAAGAGACCAACAAAGCGAAAGAAAAAAAGAAGUGGUUAUAGCGGUGCCAGAAAUGACAUUUGCUGUGAAGCAAAUAUUAAUGACAUAACUCACCUAUAAGCUAUCGUUUCAUUGUUUUUAAAGAGCAUUCAUUCGUCCGAGGAAGCUUUCGCUUGCAGAUCCUCUGCUUGAUUGUAGGCAACAUCGUGUCCGACACAUAAUAACAGCUUAUCCGUUUUGAUGCCUUUGGCCACAUGAUUCACAGAAAAUAAGUUUCUGAUCAAAAGCGUUUCCAUUGUUGAUUUUGAAAAAUGAGAAGAGGAGAUGAAAUGAUGGGUAAAAGAUAUUCUCGGAGCAACAACAGUACUUGGUCGCCAAUGCCUUUCUGCAACAUCCUAAAAAUAAU